AUGGAUCCUACUUCUCGCAUGCAAAACAGUCUCUCACAAGAAUACAACCGCCAAGAUUGGCAUCUUAGCCUCCGCGCCGGUCCUGAAGCGCUUGGUGUACUUGGUCAAUGUCAGCUUUUUUCUACCCGACCAGAGCUGAUGAGCAUUAGCCUGAGCGGACCUGGGCUUGAAUACGGCACACUUCAUGGGAAUAUCUAUUCUUGUGUGCAGUUGGGACUAGCUGCAUUCAAAGAAGCCGAGAAAGAGAUGAUCGAGAUUGCGUAUCUAGCGGAUAGUCUUGCUUCACCAGGUGAUGCAGACCGAGACGAGAAGAGCCAUGCGGAUCUAUAUCUCGAGCAAGCUCAGCAGAGUAUAGAUGAUUGUAUGUCUGGGAUGGAAAAUGUCCAGCAGAAAUUCGAGGGCUGGUCCAAAACAACGCUGUAUUUGUCCAAGGCUCUAGGAGAAUCACAAGGCAAAAAGGCGCAAGAAGCUAAAGAUGUGAAGAGGGAUAUCAGGGAAAAUGAAGCAAGCAAGAAUCUGCAAGAGGUAAAAUUGGCUUCUGAAUUGCGAAUGUUUGAAUCUCGAAAGGAAUCCCUGGAGAAAAGUCGUGAGCAGAAGCAAUUUUUCGAAAAUCUGGUUCCUGCUUUGGCUUCGAGUAUUCCUGGGGUUUCAAAUAUUUCUGCGUUGUAUGGAAGCCUUGCAGGUUCCGCAGGCUCUACUACUGCAGCAUCAACACCGUUUCUUGCAGGAGCGGGAUCCGCAACAUCCCCCACCCUGGUUGGUCUACUUCCUUUACUGCCUCAGGCAGCGAUUUCGGGUGCUAUUGGAUACUGCUUCUACUCAUAUCUGAAGUGGGAAGUCCUCACCAUGGAAGAAGUUCAAGCAAAACGACAGGCCUAUAUCAACGAGGUCACAGAGGAAAUUUCUGCAUUUCAGGCUACACUUAAAGAUCUGUCUGCAGAGGCUGCGGAGAUCACCGAGAUUCUCAAAAAGUCCGUGUACCACUUGACAGAGCUUCAGUACCGCGUACAAGACUUUAUGGACAUAUUGCUACAGCUGUCCAGAUUUAUCAAGAGAACUGUCAGAGACAGUCGCCUUACGAUCGAGACAGCAGCUAAAAGUGAGCGUCUGGCGAACGCAGCCGUAAACCAAGACUUACGCGAAAAUGCUUUCAAAAUGAAAGCCAGCUUCAACUUUCUUCUCAGGGCAACUAACAUUUAUGUUGAAGUUUCUACGAACUUUAUCACGCCCACAAUUCGUAAAUUUGGCGACCUGCGCCUGUAUGAAGCCACCUCUGAAGCGGAUAUUAACGAAAAAUUGGAAGCUCUGAAUCAACUUCGGCUUGAAGCCUGUGAGGGUGCCGUCGACCUGGCUAUUCGGAUGCACAGGGAGCUCAAAAGAGAUAUUCAUGAGAUAGUUGCGAACUCCAAUUUGUUGGAUCAUUAA